AUGCCGGGCGGACAUAUGGUCCCUGCCCGCCCGCGCGAAGCUUCUACCCUCCCUCGACAUGGCAGGGUCCCUUCAAAAGAAUGCCCUGCUCUCAAUAGUUUCCAACCUAAUCGAUUUAUCACUACCCUUCCGGUCCACCAUAAAUUCCGUGAGACCUUCGGAGAGAGAGAGUUCACCGUGAGAGGCCUCUGGUUUGGGUCUCGCGGAACUAUCCCAAGAAGAACAAGGAGCUUCCUCGAGGAACUAGGUGUCGACAUUAAGGACGUAGCGAGGUUGGCUGAAAUAUAG